CCAUUCACCCUUCACUUUACAUUCUCUCUUGCCCAAUUUCCUUUCCUCUCUCCACCUUUAGCCUUGUCAAUACAUAUGAUUACUUUUCUUUUCAAGCUUUAUAUUAAUUCUUUUACUUCCAUAAGUGUUGGAGUGUCUUUCUAUUCUUUUCUAUUUUAAUAUUCUGUUCCUUAUCCUUGUUUUUCUAUUAUUUACCUUUCUUCAAACAACUUCUAUUGGCUCGUUUUCUCUUUUUGUUUUGUACUCUCAACAAAAUUUCUAUCAACUAUGUUCGCUUUCACCUCUGAAAACAACAAUAAUAACAAAAACCUUCAUGAUAGUAUUUUCUCUCCAUAUUUGAACACCAAUGAAGGGAAAUUUAUUGAAAGAAUUGGUGAAUCAAGCCAAAAAACUAACCCCUUUAUUAGCAGCAGAAACUCUCCUCUUCAUCAAGUGGAAAAGACAGAAGAGAGUGGAGAAAUUGGAGUAUUUGGAGCUGAAAAAUACUUCAACAGAAAAGUAGUUGAAUCUCCAAGAGCUGCUACAAAGUACCUUCCUGAUCAUAGGGAUGAAACAACGGAUACUAAAACUAGAAAGUACCAAGUUGAGUAUGGAACUUCGAGUAUUAGUUCUAUAUCAACAUUGAACAGCCAAAAUCCACUCUUAAAGAGAGAUUCUGUGAGGAAUAGCAAAGAUAAGGUGCAUGCUAAGAGUGUUCUAUCAAGUCUUGGUCUCAAAUGCUAUUGUGCUGAUAAGAAUUCUGUUGAUAUCAGUGAUCAUGCAGGUGAAAUCAGUUUUAAUAACAAAACUUCUAAUUAUGGUGCAGUUCAUGGAAAAACGACACCGAGAAAAGUAUUCAAUCUUGGUCUAGAUGAUGAUCUUUCAGUUAAAAUAAGAAAGCCUAGUUCAGAACAUUUCAACAAGAAAGAUGUUUUCUUUCAAAAGCAAAAGAAUUUAAGUGUAGGAUCAAACAGUGAAAAGAAUAGUGUUGCUUCUAACUCAAGAAAUCAUCUUGUCAAAAUGCAAUUUCCAUUAGAUGAAGAAAAGACACCAAGAAAAUCACUUGAAGUAUUUGGAUCACCAAAUCCAAUAUUGAUCAAUAACAAGAGAAGUUCCUUGAGCAUUGAUAAAAGGUUGUUACUUCCUUCCAAAAUGGAAGAAAUUGUUGAUGCAAACUAUGACGACGAUGAUGAUGAUGCUGGAAGCGAUGCAAGUUCUGAUUUGUUUGAGAUUGAGAGUCUCAAAGGAAAAUCCUCCAACAAUUUUCAUACUAGACAGACAUCAGACGCGGCUUCAAGUUGCGUUAGCCCGACUUGUUACGCGCCGAGUGAGGCGAGCAUAGAAUGGAGUGUGGUUACUGCUAGUGCAGCAGUUAUGUCAGAUUGUGAAGAUCAAAUGUCUGAGUUCACAGUAAGGAGUCCAAUAAAGAUCACCAGGGAAGUACCGAGGCGGCGUCCGGGUAUCUUGUUGGGAUGCAAGAGCCACAAAGCUGUUAGAGUUGCUGGUGAUGCUUUCAUAACAUAUGGGAAACAAAGUUUAAGUCCAAACAUUAGUAACAGAAACAAAAACAAUACUAGUCCUCAGGUUGCAAGGUUUCCAGGAGAGACAAAGUCUUAUGCAAAAACAAGGCAUGGACAACAAGCAUUGCAGGCCUCUAACUCACCACAUGCUUCAAAAUUACUAUUCAACUAGAAUGUCUGUUUGAUAUGUGUCACAAAUAUUCAAUUAUCUUAUUUAAUUAUGUUGUGAAUUAUAUUAUUCUGUUUUUAUUACUUAUUGAUGGUUAUUUGAAAAUGUGUUUUGAAUCUUACAAAGACAGCAAUAAAGAAAUAGUGAAGUUAACAUCCUAAGUAGUAAUGAUGAGAUUAUGGAUGACACAGCUGUCCAAUAGAAAAUCUUGAAUCCUCAAAAGGAUAGAAUGUCGUUACAGUGAUAUACAACUAACUAUAGUGACACCAAAAUAUUAUC